AUGAAUUCAAGUACUCGGAUCGCUAAUGUGCCCUUGAAAGCUGACACCUCUCGUAGUGAGUUGACCUCUAGCACCAAUGGGGCCCGGAAACCCGACCGACAGCAGGCAAUCGCCUUCCUGAAGGGUGAGCUACCCUCGACCAACGAAUUUGCAAAGACCCAAUCAGAAUUGGACGACCAAGCGCUCGAUCAUUUGAUCAAGUUUGUGGCGAAAGCGGUGAAUGAGAGUCUUCAAGCACCACAAGCAUCGUCAACCGAUCUACCAGUAACGCCGGCCGCAGACCUUACAGCUGCCACUUCAACUACUGGGAAUUUGUCCACAUUCACACAAAACACAAACGUGACAGGUGUUAAUUUGGCCUCUGCGCAAUCACCAAGUCCAACAGGUGCAAGUUUGGCAGGUACUCCAUCAUCAUUUCUUGUGACUAUGAUGGGCACAUUGCAAUUGUUGCCCGAGAGCGACAACCUUGGUGUGAACAAAAGCAUAAUAACCCCUUCACAGGUGGCAACAGCUGAUACUGAGCCCUCCAAAAGGCCAAAGAAAGCUAAAACGUUGAGGGGUGCUCCUGAGGGGGAACUACCAACCAUAAUGAACUCAACAACACCAAGAACAACUUUGAUUCACAACUUCGAUUCAAGUCGCCACAGUGAAUCAUCUGGGUCACCCCCAACACAACCUAAGCCAAAGAACAGAGAACCCUCUUCAACCAUCCCAUCUCCUACUCCGGGCCAGGCUCCUCUAUCUGCUCUUUCAAUGGCGGACGAUGUACACUCCCCAAAAAAGCGCAUCCAGUUCGCUAAAACAUCAAGUACAGUAAACACAAAACGCCCUCCAAAGACGGUGACAUUUGCGUCAGGUGCGUCAGAGGAGCACUGCUCUCAGACUCAUGCAAGGCUGGAUGAUCCCAGAUCUCCUCCUAUGACAAGAGUUGCUGGUCAAGCACCACUCAGCGGUGAUCACCCAGUAGGGCAUAGCAGGAUCUCAAGCUCCCACUCAAAAGCCAUUCAAACAGCCCAGUCAUCCUUUAUGGGAGCCAGAAAGGAUGAGAGAGUUGGGUGGUCUGGUUAUGAUAUCAAGACUCCACCACCGCCUUCACAGCUCAAUUUAUCCAAACACAUGCCUCGCAGGCGGCACCGAAGAUCUCACAGCAUGGAUACCAUUGGAGCAACCCCGGGAGCCAGUAGGAGAGCUUCAGAGCCAACCGAAAUGAGGUCAAGUCACAUGAAUGAUAGGCAGAGUUCACCUCUAGCUGGAACAUUGCUUACUACACAGUCCCCAAAAUCCCUGUUGGCUUCCAAACCCAGAACUGUCAGGCGUGUUGGACAAUUUCAAGUGGGGCAGACAGGGCUUGGGUUUGAUCAUGCUCUUGAGGUAACUGAGCGGUCAGCGGAUGGUCAUUCAUGGACAGCCACUUCAAAGCUGGUUAUCAAUGUUACAGCAGAAACUGGUGACUCAAUAUCUGGGCCUUUCCACACACCAGCUCAAUCAUUGGGACCAGGCACUGAAGACAGCAUUAGGAGUCCCAAGGUAGAAGAUCUAUGGGUUUGGGUUUGA